AAGUUUAACCAGCUGUGCAGCUGACUCACUCACAACUGACUGACAGUCUGAACCAGAGUCAGUCGACGUGUUACACGUAAACUAUGUACCUCUCUUGUGUAUUUGUAGCAGCUCUGGGGGUGGCCUUGGGCGACCCUCCGGUACCAACUUCUACCAAGGUGCCGCCGAUCGACUAUGCGUGUAUCAUGGGUGACCCAUCCGUGUCAUGCAGGAGCAGGUGCAGUGUUACCUCAUGGGUGCCCUAUUGUGUGGGGGACCAUUGUCUCUGCCGAGCCCCGAUACAGGAGUCCCACAACGAACUGCACAAGGAGCCCGUAGACCCACCCACCACGGAAACACCACCUUCACCAACUGACUACGAAUCUGAAGAAAGUGGAGAGCACGACAGAGAACAUCACGUAUGGUUCUUUAUUGUGAACCUUGGCCGAUACUUUGGAUACAACAGGAAUGAGACCGCUAACUCUACAGCUGUACCAGACACCACUUCAUCUCCCUUGCUGUCAAGUUCUGCUGACGUCACGGUUGACCGUGUGAAUACACGUCAUGGAGUACUGGAAGCCGAUUCCUGGAGUUUCCAGUACUACUUAGGGUUCCUCAUUGUCCUGCUACUGUGCGUCCUUAUCUUGCUGGAAGUGUCUUCCUGUUAUAGGAAACGCAAGGAGAAAAAUAACUCUGACAACCUCUUCAAAAACGUCCCAGUUCCAAAUAAGUAGAUGAACCUACAUAUUGUACACUGCGAAGAAAGUAAUUUUGAGUAAUAAAAAUAAUUCAUGUGAAA